AUGCAUACGGACACGGGGCAUGAGACAGCCCGCAGAGAGCGGCCGUGGCUCUUCCCAUGGAACCGAAAGAUUCGGCAUCUGCAAAGCAUCUCGGUCCGCAACCUGAUCAUCAAUCCCCCCCCAACUCGGGCUCGUGGCAAGACGAUUGAUGACGACGAUAUCCCAAAUACCCUCCAAACAUCUUCCAAGAUCCUAUCGCAGGACUCGAAGUCCCCCCUACACUCCUCGAGGUCUUUUACCGACCUCAAAUCACGCGCCAGCCCAGAUGAACAUGCGAAGAAACAGCCCGAGGUGCGUUCGCGACGCCGAAGUACUUUGUUUUGGAACGACCCCAAUCCUCGAACUCGGCAGAUCAAACUAGAAGACAUUACCAAUAGCCGCAUGGCGGACACUUUCUUCUCUCUACAUUGUGAAGGUCUCAAGGAGCCGGUCUACAUCAGUGAAAUCGUUGGCCGUGCAACCAAUCCCAACUUCCGAGCUUUUGACUUGAAUCUAUGUGGCCCUUUCGUCUCUCGGAUGGAUGAAUUGACCCUUAAGCUUUGGACCAAAACAGUGAAUAUGCCUCAGUUCAAUUUACUGGUUGAACUUCAGGUGCAUCUACGGUCAUUGCAAUUCCUAGGAAAGACAUUAGAGAGCUUCCACCAGCCGCUUCCAGCGAACUCGAUUCUCUUUCACUUCUCAGAUGGAGUAUAUACCAAUCUGACUGACCUUCCACCGGUUGAAGCACCGCCCCAAGGCGGAGCACAGAAGGCUGUUGCAGAUGGCAUCACACUGCCUACCUCAUCAUAUGAUGCUUUGAUGCGAUUGGCCAAUCUGGACGAGUGCGUGCAGGACGCAUUGGCCACCAGGGAGAAGCUAGAGACGCAAAUAAGCGCAAUUAUCCGUGAAAAUGGACCCUCGCUCAAGACCGUGAGCGAUGCCGCCGAGGCGCAAGAGAAGCUCUCUCGAACCCGGCUGGCCGUUUCUGCGGAGCGCAAACGUGUGCGCACCGCAGUCAAGCGCAAAGAGGAGCUUAUUGCCAGUAUCAGGACGCGUAAAGAAGCCAUGGAAGAAGGACGAAAUGCGCAGGAAAAGACGCGCAGUCAUCUCCCUGACGCUCAAGAGAAGUUGGUCUGCAGCGAAAAACUGCUCAACCAGACAGGAGAAGAAACUAAGGGUCAAACCCGGCGUAUUUCGGAAGACCUCCUGUCCAUAUAUCCUAUCGAGCCCAUCCCCGACAAACCCUUGGCCUUCACUAUUGCUGGCUUAGCACUCCCAAACUCAUCUUUUGAAGAUACUGACCGCGAGGUGAUUGCGGCGGCACUAGGACAUGCAGCUCAUUUAGUGUAUCUGCUUUCCUUCUAUCUAUCGGUGGCUCUUCCCUAUCCUAUCAAUGCGAAUGGGUCGACCUCGUUCAUUCAAGACCCUAUUUCCGCCUCUCUUCCACAGCGCACCUACCCCCUCUACCCGGUGAGCGUUCAUUACCGAUUCGAAUACGGUGUGUUUCUCCUCAACAAGGACAUUGAAUAUAUCCUCAACAAGCAGGGCUUGCGCAUUUUGGAUAUACGCCAUACCCUUGCCAAUCUCAAAUAUCUCCUUUAUGUCCUGACAGCCGGCACUUCCGAGAUCCCGGCCCGCAAAGCUGGCGGUGUUCGGGGUCUUGCUGGACGAGUGACGCCUAAUUUGUCCCGCCGGGGCAGUAUGGAAAGUGCUGCCUCUGGUGAGUUAGUACAGCCUCGCAAAGCUUGGGAAUCAGUUUCCAAGAUGAAUGGUAGCCUGGCAAGCAUGAGUCUCACCCCUGAUGGAGGCAAGAAAGUCCCUGUCCACAUCUAG